AUGGUGCAGACCGUGCAAGUGGCAGUACUGGGGGCGCCUGGAGUUGGGAAGACCUCCAUCAUCCGGCAGUUUGUAGCCCAGGAGUUCCAGGAGGAGUACACUCCAACAGAGAGCAGGCAUCUGUAUCGAGCAUCUGCUGUUCUAAGCGAGAGGAUGUAUGAGCUCCUAAUCCUGGAUUUACCAUACCUGCCAAGAUACCCAGGCUCUGCAGGACAGGAGUGGUUGGAUCCACGAUUCCGGGGUCUCCAGAACAGCAGGGUCUUCAUACUGGUCUUUGAUAUCUGUAGCCCUGAGAGUUUCCACCAUGUGAAGCAGUUAAGGCAGCAAAUCAUAGAGAGCACCAGCAAACCCGCACUUAUCGUGGUGGUUGGGAACAAGAGAGACCAGCAGAAGCAUCGCUUUGUACCACGCCACGUUCUGUCUAUUCUGGUAAAGAAGAGCUGGAAAUGUGGCUACUUGGAAUGUUCAGCUCGAAACAACUGGCACAUUCUGCUACUUUUCAAGGAACUACUCAUUAGCGCCACGACAAGAAGCAGGAGCCACACACCCAGCAUCUGCCUGCAGGGGGCGCUUCACAGAGAGCGGUGCAGUGUUAUGUGAGAAAGUUGCAUCAUGUAGGACAGAGGCACCACUUGUAAAGUAUGCUCUGCAAAACUGAAUAGGGGAUGAACAAUCAUUACUAUGAUCAUUCGUUCCUCAUACAGUUUGCACAGAGGGCCUCAUACACUGAAGCUAUCUCUCAAAGUGUCUUUGUCACUAAAGCAAUUGAUCUCAUUUAAUGGCAGUGUAGAGUUAAUGGGGGUUCCACAGAUAUCUUCAAAAUAGGCCAUCUGACUAAUGAGGUUCCCUCUGACGGUACCUGACACAACAAUGUCCAUGCAAAAUGUGGCUGUGCCUUUACUGCAGCCUCAUUCAUUUGAAUAGGCUUAGCCGCAGUACCUGGCAGUGCCACACUCAUAUGGACAUGUG